AUGGAUGAAAACUACAGUGAACCUGUGUGCAUCGAUACCUCGGUAAGUUCAUGCAAAAAUAAAAAGUCUAAUAAAUUUUUUUAGUUUUUGGUGAUCAUUCUAAAUUGAACUCAAAGAAGUUCGGAACAAAAAGAUUAAUAAAUUUCGAAUAUUUAUCAUCGAGAUUUCAGAUUUUCACUCAAAACGCAGUGGAGCUCUACUUCCAGUCUUUCGAAUAUUUUCUUCUCGUCUCCUGCUUUCUCUCCACAGCCUUGCAGGUCUUUUUUUGAAUUCCCUUUUUCCUUCGUUCCUUUUCCAAAUGUUGCGAAGGCUAACCUAAUAAAGAGGUAGAGUCCAAAUCAUGUUUUCGUAUGGCUGGACUACAAAUGAGCUUCCAUAGGGCAUUUUUAUCGCAUUCCGAAUGAUAAGAAGAUGCGAUUUGAGAUUUACGUUUUGGCGACGUCAGUUUCCUAUAUCCGGCGCGCUACCGGGGACGAAUGCCUGCACAUCUUUCUUCUGAGCAUGACUCUAGGCGAUUUACUUCUGACAAGUGAGGAGAAGAGUAAAAAAAGCAUUGAAGUAAAAUCUGACCUUCAGGUUUUUGUUACCCAAUCGAACAGCUCAGACAACAAGAAAUAAUAACACCUCCUAGAUGGAUAAAUGUCACACAACAGGUUUAAAAUAAUUACCUCAAAAAUAAUCUUUGGAAAUUAUCGUGAAAUUACAGUUUCUCACUUGGCUCGGUUUAUCAGCGUCUUCGGUUAGCCUGAUUCUUCUCAAUGUCGACAAACUGCUUUACUUCAAAUCUCCACUGAGGUCAGAAAUUUUCAGCAGUGAUUAAUGAUUUCCUCCUGUGGAAUUCGUGGUGUGAUCGUUUUGUAGUUUCUGACCAAGACAUUUUGACCUUGGACUUGCAUCAUCAGGAGAAACUGCCCAACCUUGAACGCUUAACUCAAAACUCUAACAAGAACUGAAACUGACAGGUUACAUGUCAACCUUUUUGGCCUUUGAAACUGAAAAUCUAACAUCAGCACCAUUUUUUUCCAAUGUCAAUUGGUGCAAGUUUCCGCAAACAAGAAAAAAAAAUUUGAAAAAAGGUUGAAAAAAACAAUUUCACAUAACACUUGGUCUGCUCGGAAUUUUUUUAAAGAGUCGUAAGCUCCGAAAAACUUCAGUUAACUUCGGGAAAAAAAUAUUUCAAUUUCAAGUAUUGUUACUUGAAUCGUUAGGAAAAAAAACUUGAACGUCAGUAAACUGCUUUGCCACGUACACUUGUCCCACCAUGAAAUCUACACCACGGUUCUCCCAGUUUGCAAAACGGAUUGAAUGUUGAUAAAAUCGAAGGAAAAACGAAUAUGGCUCAAAAUAUGUUUGAAAUAGCUGAACUUUUUUUCCAGGUACACCUCGAUCGUCACAGUAUCCCGAGGAGUUUACAUUGUCCUUUGCGUUUGGACGGGUUGUGCAGUAUUCGUUUCAUUGUGUUGGUAUCUCGAAUGCUUCACGUGAGUUUCUCCUCAUUAUCAAUGUUUCCAGAGUUAUCGGAAUCUAUUCAGGUGUGAAGACGAUUGUACGCAUAUCGCUAUUUUGAGCAACAAAGUUGUCAUGUACAUCGUUUUUACGGUCAUUUUUUUGCUUUUUGUAAUCUUGAAGACGUUUUUUCUGUUUCAGUUUUCCGCUUGCAUCGCACCCAGUCUGACAUCAUUGGUCGUGGCGGUAUAUAUCCUAAACGUCGUUUCUUCACAUCGCUCAACACUGGCCAAAGGUAUGAGAUCACCUGAAAUCUUCAUUCUCCGAACUCAUUACGCCAAUCACGUGCCAUCGCUAGUGCGACUUCAUUAAGGGUUUUUGCAUUUUCAAUCUCUUGUUACGCAUCAGUUAACCUAAUGAUGAUUUAACUGGAGAAAACUUCCUGUUAUUGAAAAAAGUUGGACAAGUGACGUCAGUGAAAAUGAGAAUACUGAAGCGAGACAUAUUCAAAUGGCAACGCGCAGAUGGAAUUUCUCGUUAUAUAACCUAUAAGAAUAUCAUUUCAAAGUGAUCUGCAAAUAAGAAGGUAGAUUCUUGCAAACUGUUUUAUUAAAAGCUCAAAGAAGACAGUUGAGUGGCGUCAUUAUUUUGGAAGCUCAUCUGGAAACUUACUAAAUCACCAAAACAAAAAAAAACUCUAUUCAGAAGCUUGAGAAAAAAAGAAAAAAAGAGCAGAUGUUAGGGUUUCAGAAUCUCAAGGACAUACAUCAUCGCACGCUUUGGCGACCAGGAUGCGAACCUUCUAUUUCAUCUUCAUGACCACUAUUUUCACAGUUGCAACGUUGCUUCCUUUUCGAAUCUACAACAUAAAAAGACAGAUCUUUCCUAAUGUACGUCUCUUUUUUUCUUUGUUCCAACUUAGUCCUUUGUUCCUUCUCGCGUUCAAAAAUUCUGCAACUGCUGAAAAAAAACUACGUUAGAGUGUGUGGGAACCAAUUUACGAGUCGACCAAGUCGUUCGGGACACUUUCAUGAGCCGGAACCAGAAAAAUUUGAGCAUUGGCCAUUGUUUCUCCUGCAGCAAUUUUUUUUUAUUGCUUUCGCAGGGCUGAAAAUUUUCAUCUGGUACUACUGUAUGCACAUAAAACUAAGAAUAGCUUUUUUAAAUAGCGUUAGACACGCGAUACCACACUAUUAUGUCUAUGUUUUUUUCUUGGCUUCUUACUGGUUACCAUAAAAACUUGUAACUAUGAUGUGAGGUAAAACUUUCAAAGUACAAAAGUUAUUUUCUAUGAUUUCUUUGAAAAACAGUUAGUCAUUCCCGAUAUUCUAAAAUUUUUGAUCAAAUGAAGCCUAAUGAGAGGAUCUCAAAGUAUCACAAAAUAGAAAUCCUGAAAGCAUUAGAUGCAUUGAUGAUUGAAAUUUCCCAAGAAUAGAUCUUAUUUUCAGGACUCCUUGUCGACUUGUUUUACUUUGUUUUUCUCCUGGACGUUUUCUUAUCUCAUAUCACUCAACGCGGUAAACAGAUACAACGGAUCAAAGAGAAAAUCCGGGAUUUUCAGAUUUUGAACCCAAUAAUCACAGUGACAGUCCUGCCUCAGUACCGAUUCGUGUGGCUUUGCCGGCUUUUCGGCUGCACAGAUCGACCAAGCGCAACUUACGUCUGA